AUGCCAAGCUUCAACUGCGAUGGUUGGAAAUCGCAUACCACUUGUAUCUCUGAAGCCCAAAAAUAUCAGAAAUCUCUCUAUCAAGCCCCCAAAAGUAAAAAGUCCAAUGAACAAAAUCAGCAGCACUCGAAGGCUCCUUCCCUACCCAUCGCCCCCGUCAAUUCGAUAUCAGCCAAACAUUCUUCAAUAGCCGCCGAGCCUGCGCUUAUCGCCGCCGAAAAGCCUGCCACUGUUGUCGAACAGACUGCUCCCAAAGAGUCGAAAGAAAAACGGAGUAAGAAGGACAAGAAGCGGAAAUUACAAGCUGUGGAGCAGCAAGCUACACCUGAUACUCCUAAUACGACUCAAAACAUUGAAACCAUCAUCCCAACUCAAGAGAACAAGAAACAGAAACUGGAAGAAAAUGGCCAAGGCAAGGAAGAAACAUCUUCUAAGAAGAACAAAGAAGAAUCUACCGACGGACUGACCAAAAAAGAAAAACGAAAGAAGCAAAAGAAGGCUAAGAAAGAACAACUAGACCCUAGUCAAUCCAUUGAUGGUACUCAAGCAGUGGACGCUCCGAUUCGUGUGCAUCAACGACUCCCGGAAUCGCUGACCCAUCCAGAGAUUAUCAAAGCGAUCCAAGGGCUGAGUCGAUCCUCAAACCAAGGAAAAUCGAUGACGCUGAACGAGUUGAUCGAUGGCGUGUUGAAAACUACAGUCUCUACUCAUCAUCCCCAAAACGAAGAUGCUUCAGCGCAGACUGAUCAGGAGAACACCUGGAGGUCGGCCCUCCUCGAGCUGUUCGGCUCUCAUCUCCAGUUUGUCCGGCCGACGACUGACCAGAGUUCGGCGGUUGGGCUGGCUUGGAAUGGCUCUCCUCUGUGA